UGUCCGUCGCAUUCUCGUGCUCGUCAGUCCGCUUUGACGUGGCUUGCCAGCGUAGUUCCAAAAUAAAGGAAUGUGCCAAGUUGUGGUUUGUCGCGCCACGUUGCUGGUCAACUCAACGCAUUGAUUUGCGUAUUUUCGUCUAUCAGCUUCAAUAGGCUUCACUAUAUUAAAUACGCGUCAAAUUAAGUUGACGCGUUGUCAAUAUAUAUACAUAUAGUUUCUAGUGCUCAUUGACAGCGGCGGCUUCUACUUUCUCACUAGUCGCCUAGUCGCAUUACUUAGUCAAUUGGGUUAAAAAACGGUGGACGUGGAGUAGUUAGUGAACUAUUGGGCAAUCGCUUGUGGUGCUUGUUGCAAAAUUAUUGAACGCGCCUCAAUUGAGUAUUGAUCGAUCGGUGUUUUGCUAUGGUCGGAUCGUCGAUGGCAGAAGAUGUAGAAUAUUUUUCAUAUUUAAAAAUAUUAAAGUGUUUGCCAAUGUAGCUCAUUCACAGUCAAGUGUGGCAGCAAGCGGCAAUUUGAAUAGUUAAUUAACACUCAGUUGCAUCGUUCGCCCGCCUGCCAUAAAUAUUUAAACCAACCACACCCUUUUGUAGUUAUUUAUACCUACAUAGUAUGUAUAAAUAAUUUCCUUACAAACUCGCGCGUGUACAUAAAUAUUUGUUUUUUAAAUAAAUUGUUCUGUGCAUUUAAUUAAAGUGUGAAAUGUUUUCGUAUUGAAUAAAAAGUGUCGACUUCCAUUCGAAAAAAUCAUCCGCUCUGCCAGCAGCACUCAGUUCUACUACAUUCCGAUGUUAUGAUGGGUCCGUUGGAUGCGGUUUUGAGUUGUUUUUGCAGAAUGUGUCAGUCACCAUGUUGUAGUAGCUCCCAACCGCCGCCCAAUUUGACAGUAUUAUCGCGACAUCAACAACAACAACAACACCAUCAGCAACAACAACACCAACUCUACCACUCACAAUCGGCUGCUAUUGCUGCAGCUGCAGCUAAUUCAGCCUUCUAUGCCCCCGCUUCGGGUGUCGGCGCUGUUGACACCAGCGAAUUGAUGAUACGCCUACGUGAGUCGAUCAAACAGAAAGAGGAAUUCCUUAAAUCACCGCUGCCACACACGCACGCCACAUUGCACAGCAUUCCCGCUGUGGGCCACACAGCCCAACAACAUUUCUUCCCGCCGCACACACCACCGUCGGGCAGCCCGCAAUUGUCUAUGGUGUCGACGACAUCCACAUCGGCCGGUUCAUCAGUGCUGAGCAGCAUAGGCGGCGGCGGGCCGACGACGGCGACACCAACGGCAUCGGCGCGUGGUCAGGUGCGUACACUCGUUAAGCAACCACUAUCGGCGACGUCCUCAUCGGCGUCCAGUACGCGUGAGCUGCUGCCCGCCAACGUCGUCAGCGCAGUUGAAAUGCAUCACUACUACGGCAGUGUAUGCGGCAGUGGUAGUGGCAAAAACCACGUCACGAAUGUCGGUGGUGGCGGCAAUUAUAUUAGCGUGGAGAGUGCGAUGAGUCGUGGCGGAGUGGCAGCAAGUGCGGCUGCAAGUGUGAGUGGUGGUGGUAUUAGAGCUGCGCCUGUUGGUAGUGCUGGUAGUGGAGAUUCGCUUGCAGCGCGACGAGCCUCAGGCAGCGGUAGUGCAGGCACCAGUAGUGCGAAUAACAACAACGGCAUGGGUGAAAAAUACGCGAAGGAUUUGGAUUAUUUGGAAACGCUGCAAGAGACUGGUGUCACCAACAAAGUUUUCGAGCGUAAACUCGUCUCUCACCUGGCCAAGGGUUUUGAUCCCUUCCAACCGCUGUCCAUUAAUACAAACGCCUGUGUGGAGCCCAACACUACAGCCGGCAAUGUGGUGCUGAUAAAGAAACCCACAGUGCUCUACGAAUCGCUGCAACAUCAUCCGUUGCAUCAACUACAGGUACAACAACUGCAACACACACAGCAAGCGCAGACGUCACAUGCGCCCAUGCAAUUGUCCAAAAUGCAGCAACACCAACAGCAACAGCAGCAGCAUGUGACCGGCAGCGUUGUAGAUGGUGCGCAAUACAGCCGCAUGGAGAUACACAAGGCCAGUUUGGCCACGACGACCAUCGAUCAUGCGCCGCCAAGUAAAUACACCAGUAAAUUACCGGAAGCUCUUGGAUCAGCAGCAACGGCGGCGGCUGCGGUGGCUGAACCAAAACCGGCACUCACUGAUAUUGCUGAAAAUGCUAUGUAA